CGCUACUUAUAUAUUUAUGUAAGUUAUCAUCUUUGAAAUGAUGAAAUCUCUAUUGCGUGGAAAUAAAGCCUGCCUCUGGUCCCUGAAUGUGUCCGCGGAGUGAGCGCUCUUCGCCUCCGCGCUGCUGCCGUUGACGAUCUUCGGCGCGCGUCAAACUGGUCCGGUCGCUGGCGAACAUGUCUGCGGGCUCAGGCGGCUGUGGACCCGGCCCCGGAGUCGGGUCCGGAGGCUCCAACCCCCGAAAGUUCAGCGAGAAGAUCGCCCUCCACACGCAGCGCCAGGCCGAGGAGACGGCCGCCUUCCAGGAGGUCAUGAUGGACAUCACGUCGACGCGGCUUCAGGCCCAGAAGCUCCGCCUAGCCCAGAAUCAAGGUCCGUACUACGGAGGAUCCCUGCCCAACGUCAACCAGAUUGGCCGAGUCCCGCAGGACCCGCAGGCCUCCUUCACGUCCAAUCUGGAGUCCAGUCGCUCCACGCGUCAUCAUGGCCUGGUGGAAAGGGUCCAGAGGGACCGUCGCUUCAUGUCGCCAGUUCGGCCGUACCGUAACCGCCAACCUCAGGUGGACAGCACUUCAUAUAACUCCGCCUACUUGUCCCCGCCCCCCGACCCAAGUUGGAGAAGGAAUUGGUCCGGAAUCUUCCCGGGGGACAAAAGCCAGUUGUUCCGUCUCCCCACCACUGCACUCAACAGGACCAACUCUGACUCCGCCCUCCACACCAGCGUCAUGAACCCACUCUCGGGGGAUCCCUUCGCCACUGGAGACUCCGCCCUCACGUCCCAUGGAGGCCGGCGCAAUGUCUUUCCUUAUCCCGUGCCCCCCAUCGAGGAGAACGUUCUCGAUGACAACAAGCUCCUCAAAGCCUGGGACGCUAAGAGGUUUCCUCUGCCGAGCUCAAGACCAAAGUCAUGUGAGGUUCCUAACAUCAAUGUCUUCAUGUCGCCAGAGCAACAGUCUGCCCCUGCCCACAACAUCCCCUCAGUGCUCAACACGGGUGGCUCCCUGCCCGACUUAUCCAGCCUGCACUUCCCCUCGCCGCUGCCCACGCCGCUGGACCACGACGAGCCCGCCUACCCGGGCUCCCUGAGCGGGGGCAGCAGCACAGGCAACCUGGCAUCCACGCUGACACAGCUGGGCAUCAACGCCACCAACGCGGCCGGAGACCACCGCAACUUCCACCACCACCACGCACCGGGGCUGCUGGCUUCGCUACAGAGCACGCUCAGUAACCCCUCCCUGCAGUCGUCGCUGAGCAACCCAAACAUCCAGUCGUCACUCAGCAGCCACUCUUUCACCAACUCCCUAAGCUCCGCCUCCUUGCACUCGUCGCUCAGCAACCCUUCGUUGCAGUCGUCCCUCGGCUCCUCCCCCUCCCUCCCCUCAUCCCUCAGCAGCCAAUCGCUGCACUCGUCCCACAGUAGCUCUUCCAUCCAGUCGGCCUCGAGCGGUAACCCCGGCUACGGCGGCUCCGCCUCUUACGCGCCGUGUCUCAGCACGUCGCCGCGGCGACGAGCCCAUCUCUCGCCCCUCAUCCUGCCCAUGGGAGGGGAGACCCGGCGCCAUCUCACCAAGCAGUUCUCCCCCACCAUCUCCCCCACGCUGUCCUCCAUCACGCAGGGCAUUGCUCUAGACACCAGCAAGCUACCUUUGGACCAGCGCUUACCUCCGUACCCGUUCAGUCAGCACCAGACCGCCUCCCAGACCCCCCAGCAGCCUCCGGGGCUGACUCAGCAUCAAACGCAACAACAGAUGCUCCGCCUGCAGCAGCCGCGGUCGAACUCGCAACCACCGCAGAAUCUGCUCAACGCUCAGCACUUUGCAGCGGCGCAGCGUCAGGGCAGCUCGCAGGCCAACCAGCUCAUCCCAAAAAAUAAAAGUGCCUUGGACCAGUACCUCCACAGCUCCUUGACCUCCCAGUGUCAGGGGAAACAGGAGGCGGAGCUACAGAGGAGCGGGAACCUCCCCCAGCUGCAACAGAUGAGCCACAACUUGUCCUCCGAGCUCUACAACGACGCCUUGCUCAACUCCCUGCUGGACGACUCGUACCUGAGCAUGCAGUUCUGCGCCAAGUCCAACCAGCAGCUCACCAGUGACAUGCAGUGCGACAUCCUGUCUUUGACCCAUGGCGGGCUGGGUGGCGACCGCGCAGACAUGCAGGUGACGCCGGAGUCCGUGGAGCAAAUGCUCCUCAACAACCAGAACUGCGGCGGGGGCGAUGCCCGGCAAAAUGUGCCCAAUAUCAUUCUCACAGGCGACUCGCCGCCGGGUCUGUCCAAAGAAAUCGCCAGUGCUUUGUCGCACGUCCCCGGCUUUGAGAUGGACCCCUUCUCCCUGGACGACCCGCUCAGGAUAGACCCGCUGGCUCUGGACAUGCUGGAGGGUGACCUGAUGCUGGCCGACCCCGCCGUGGAGGACUCCUUCCGCUCGGACAGACUCAAGUGAGGCGACCCCUCCCCCCAACCCCCACCCCACUCCCAUCCCACGCAGCAGCUCGGUGGCAUCGGCGAGUGGGCGCCGGCCCGAGAGCGGAGAAUGAUGGGACGUCGGGUCACAAGUGGACGGACCACAGAGUGACUGGCGGCAGGGGGGUGGGGCUUGUGUUUUUCAGGCAUCGGCUUGUGCGAGCGUCCAAGCGUGCGGGAAACAAGCAGCGCCACCUUUCUGUCGAAAGCAGCAACGCCUUCCGCAGAAGCGCCGCGCGAUCAGCCUUGAUGAUGCCCACCUUCAGGUCAGAACUGUUUCAGCAGGAAGUCAGCCAUCGACGACAGGAAGUCGCUUAUCCCUUGCCACGCCAAAACAUGCCUCCUCUUGUCGCUAUGCAAACCUCAGGAGGGAUCCAACACGCGGCCUGUGGCAUUUUUUCGCCACCAGAGGGCGCUGUUAGCAUUAUGAAUGCGUGGAUCACAUGACCCGCUGGCUUAAAACUUUGCAAGGCUUUAACAGGAAAAUUUGAUCGUUUCUUUUUUUUAAAAAUUUGAACUAAAACUAAACCGAAGGAACAAACUAACCCCGAUGUGACCUCUGCACUUUGAUCCACGAAUAACGAGAAUGUACGGCAAAGUACUCACUGUGAUUGGCAGCAUGUAGCUCCACCCUCGGCGUGCCUCGGCAAGGCUACCUGAGGUGCGACGCACGCCGGCGUGCGCGCACACAGGAAACUCUUCUCUUUUUUUUAAAUCACAUAUUCUCCCCCGCACUUCCUGGAAACAGCAACGCACAUUAGCAGCGCCUACAAACCACCUGGCACUAGUUUAUUGCUGUUUGGAAAGAACAAAAUCCCACGCUGUGUCUCAAAUGGAAUACUUGCAUCGGUAAAAGACCGAAUUGCCGUUUUUAGAUUUUAUUCUACAAUGAUGAGUGAGGGAAGCCACGUUACUUUUAGACUGUCAACCAACAUAUUCUCGUCACAAGGUGCCACACAUUAGAACAAUAUGCAAUAAUCUACUUUCCAAAAUAUUUGGGCUUACAUUUACAACACCCAUGUUUGCUUACUUGACAGACCUCGUAGUGCUUUCAGUUCCUUCAGCCAUUAAAACUUUUAUGUAGAUACUGUGCAGCAGGUAUAUUCGACUAAACUGUUUUGGGAGCAACAUUUCUAGAAAUCUAAGGGCCGGGGGGGCCGGAAUACUCCCUUAACUAUCAGUUUUAUUUUACAUAUUCUGUAGAACCCCUACAGUAGACAUUCAAUUUUGCGGUAUUUAUUUUGUCAGUUACAGGAGCGCUAGUUAAAAGAUCAUCUCAAUGACAGCUAGCAAAUACCAAUGAUCCCAUCAAAAUUUUGAGAAGAUCGGAGCAUAAUAGCUACCUUGUCAGGUACAAAGUUAUAUGCCUCUUGAGGUGUAUGGCUGCAAAAUUGUGUAAAAAAACAAAAACGUAGCAUGUUAAUGUUAGCAUGCUAGCAUGUGUCAAGUACCAAGUUGUAUGACUGAGGUGUGUGGCUGCAAAAUUGGCUAAAAAAGGUAGCAUGUGUCAAGUAGCAAGUUAUAUGACUGGGGUGUGUGGCUGCAAAAUUGGCUCAAAAAGUUAGCAUGCUAGCAACUAGCAUGUGUCAAGUACCAAGUUAAAUGACUCUGAGGUGUACGGCUGCAAAAUUGGGUAAAAAAAAACAAGUUAACAUGCUGGCAUAUGUCAAGUAGCAAGUGAUAUGACUGAGGUGUAGGACUGCAAAAUUGGUUUGAAAAUUAGCAUGUGUCAGGUACCAAGUUAUAUGAUUGAGGUGUAUGGCUGCAAAAUUAGCUAAAAAAAAGUUAGCAUGCUUGCAUGUGUAAAGGACCAAGUUGUGACUGAGGUGUAUGGCUAAAAAAAAGUUAGCACGCUAGCCGAUAGCAUGUGUCAAGUGCCAUGUUAUAAGACUGUAAGGUGUAUUGCUGCAAAAUUGUGUUAAAAAAAAAAAGUUUGCAUGUUCAUGUUAGCAUGCUCGCAUGUGUUAAGUACCAAGUUAUAUGACUGAGGUGUAUGGCUGCAAAAUUGGCUUAAAAAAUGUUAACAGGCUAGCAGUUAGCAUGUGUCAAGUACCAAGUUACAUGACUGAGGUGUAGGGCUGCAAAAUUGGCUAGAAAGUUAGCAUGCUAGCAGCUAGCAUGUGGCAAGUUAUAUGACUGAGAUGUAGAGCUGCAAAAUUGGUUUAAAAAAAUGAUCAUGGGUCAGGUACCAAAUUAAAUGACUGCGGUGUGUGGCUGCAAAAUUGUGUAAAAAAGAAAAAGUUAGCAUGCUGGCAGCGAGCCUGUGUCAAGUACCAAGUUAUAUGACUGAGGUGUAGGGCUGCAAAAUUGGCUAGAAAGUUAGCAUGCUCGCAUGUGGCAAGUACCAAGUUAUAUGACUCAGAUGUAGAGCUGCAAAAUUGGUUUACAAAAUGUGCACGUGUCAGGUACCAAAUUAUAUGACUGAGGUGUAUGGCUGCAAAAUUGUGUAAAACAAAAAGUUAGCAUGCUAGCAGAUAGCAUUGUCAAGUACCAAGUUAUGACGGAGAUGGAUGGCUGCAAGUAUCAAGUUAUAUGAUUGAGGUGUAGGUCUACAAAAUUGGCUGAAAUAGUUAAAAUGCGAACGUUAGCAUUGUAGCAGCUAGCAUGUGUCAAGUACCAAGUUAUAUGACUGAGGUGUAGGGCUGCAAAAUUGGUUAAAAAAAAAAGUUAGCAUGCGAACGUUGGCAUGCUAGCAGCUAGCAUGUGUCAUGUACCAAGUUAUGACUCUGAGGUGUAUGGCUGCAAAAUUGGCAAAAAAAAAGUUAGCAUGCUAUCAGCUAGCAUAUGUCUAGUAUCUAGUUAUGACUUAGAAAAUUGGCUAAAAAUCUGUUUUUUAUUAAUACGCUGUAAAAUUGCUGUAAAUUUUUUUUUUUUACUGAAUUAGCAAGACACAAGUCGACUAGCCCAAAUGAUGAAAAAGAGAGGACCUAAAAUGGUACCUUGAGGAACAUCACAAGUAUUUGAACAAUUGAACAAAUGACUACUGACUGCAGCUGAUGCAAUCAGGUUACAAUAACACUUUAGUUACAUAAACCACAUUUAGAAAAGUAACUUUCAAAAAGGAGAGGACCUAAAGGGGUGCUCUGAGGAACGCCUCAGUUAUGUAAAUCCCAAGUUUGUUCUAUGCCAACUAGCAGAGUUAAAAUGUCGAUGCAAUGAUCUUUGAAUGUGUUUACAGUGGUCCAAUUUAUUUUGUACAACAAGAGCACGCUGCAUUUUUUAAAGAAUAUACUGCAAAAAUGUUUGUCUCCCAAGUUUUGAACUGAACUCGGGGUUCAUGGUGUCAUUAUCAGGCCGGAUUUGGCCCCUGGGCCGCUAGUCGAGUAACCCUGCUCUACAGUAAUACAACACAGUGGUGUUUUGUUAUUUGCACACUGACUGUUUCCUGUAAGCAAGUAAAAAGUUCAAAUGUGUCAUUUACCAAGUUAUAUGACUGAGGUGUAGGGCUGCAAAAUUGGCUAAAAGGUUAGCAUGCUAAUUUCAACUACCAAGUUAUAUGACUGAGGUGUGGGGCUGCAAAAUUGGCGUGUGUCAAACACCAAGUAUUUUGACUCUUAAGGUAUAGGCUGAAAAAUUGGCUAAAAGAGAUAGCAUGCUAAUAUCGACUACCAAGUUUAAUGACCCCGGGAUACGGCUGCAAAAUUGGCUAAAAAGUUAGCAUUCUGGCAGCUAGCAUGUGUCAAGUACCAAGUUAUUUGAUGGUUGGAAAAUUUACUAAAAAACUUGGCAUGCUAAUGUUAGCAUGUUAGCAGCUAGUAUGUGUCCAGUGCCAUGUUGUGACUCUGAGGUGAACGGCUGUAAAAUUGCCUAAAAAAAGUUAGCACGCUAAUGUUAGCAGCUAGCACGUCUCAAGUACCAAGUUAUACGACUCUGAGGUGUAGUCAUAACUUCCUUACGUAUGUUUUAAUUUUUUUCUGAAAUGUUUGACGUGCUAACAGUUAACGCGUGUCAUGUACCAAGUUAUGACGCUAAGGAGUACGAUUGCACAAUUUUCCCAAGAAAAAGUUAGCACGUUAAUUUUAACAUGUUAAUGUUAGCAUGCAAGCUAACAUUAACGGUAAGUGUGUGUAAAGUACCAAGUUGCAAAACCGAAGUGUACGGCUGUAAAAUUAGCAACAACAUUUUUUUUUAUAUGCUAACCUAAGCAUGUUAACAGCUAGCGUAUGCCAAUGUUCCCAAUGCCUCGACCCACCAUCAAACAUUUUGUGGAGAUCGGAGCAUAUGGAAGGAACUUAUGAUUAUCAUUUUUCACCACAAGGGGGCAAAGUUGUCGAAAUUAACGUUUAGACACGACUAGACACGACCAGACACCUGAAAGUCUCACAUCAGUUUAGAAGAUCCGAUCGUCUAAAGCAGGGUUGCCCAAACGUUUUGCCUCCUAGGGCUAAAGUGCUAAAGCAGCAGCCCAAAGCAAAUUUUUAAACAGCCCGCCUCACAAUCGUUAGCAUUUUAGUAUUAGCAUGCAAGCUUUUUUAGCUAAUUUUGUAGGUUUACACACACCUCAAUAAUAUUUUAAUACCUGAUGCAUGCUAACAUUAGCAUGCUACUGUAGCAUUUUAACACAUUUUCAGGUACACAUCAGAGUAAUAUAUUUUAGUACUUAAAACAUGUUGCAGUUAGAAUUUUAACUUGCUAACAUUAGCAUGAUAGCUUUUUUUUUUUUUUUUAAGCUAAUUCAUCAGGUAUUUAGCAGUUUAUAUUGCGGACUGAAAGCAUGUUUUUAUUAGCAUAGUACUUUAUUUUAGCUUGCUUUGCGUGUACAUUUUGUUUCUUGGCGCUCUCUGGCCAGCGUGCUAACUGUUAGUAUUUCAGUUCAUUCACACGAAAUUUCGCCCAAAAUUGCAUUUCCUAAUUACGUAUCCUAAAGACAGUUUGAUGGUUGACGGUCAGUGUACUGGAUUUCACUGUCGCGCGAAUGCACUUACGUACUCAGAAUUAGUACACUUCGUCUCUUAAGUGCACCAAUUGAGACACAGCUUUACUUAACUUCAGAAUGUUGUGCAAAAAUAGCCAACGCCGACUCAGCGGUUAAGUCGAGUUGGCGGAAGGGCGGCCAUGUUGGAUGAAGUCUGAAUGUUUUAGCAACACAUCUCUUGUUGUUAAAUGUUGACUUCCUCUUUAAACACCAAGUGGACACACGAUCAAUGACAAUACUGCUUCUAAAAUGUCAAGACUUUGAAAAGCUAUUCACUAAAACUAACCCUUUUUUAUGCAAUAAAGAAAAUGGAUGGAUGGAUGGAGUCACAAUGCAGUUCCAGACUCUGCCAGCCGGGGGAGCGCUUAAUGUUAGCGAUGAGCUAAAGGCCAUAUUUCGUAUUUUGUCUUUUUUCUUUUUUUUACAGAACUUUUGCUUGUAAUUCUUUUUAAUGCUGUUGCUUUUAGGCUGAAAUCGUUGUUGUAAUUUUAAUACUUUAUAAGCAGGGAACGUAUCUUGUACAUAAUGUUUGCAAAGCAGCCAACAGAGAUUUAUUAAGAAGCUGUAACUUGACAUUAUUUUGCGGGGAAAUAAAGCCAAGUGUUUAUAUG